AUGUGCACCGUAUGCUUGCUUGAUUGAGAAAAAAGUGUGGGCCUGAGACUUGGGAGUCAUCUGGUCAUGAGCACGGUUGUCGUAACGUUUAUGGUGACGAGUUAAUCUUCGUUUUCUUUAGCCCCAAGCCAAUCUCUCCCCUAUAUAUACGCUUCCUAUCUCUGCCAUCACCUCUGUCGGGUCGCUUUGGUUUUUCUCCCGAGAAAGGAAGAACCCCACUUAUUAAACAAUACUUUUACCCGCAGGAGAAAGAAAAGCUUUUGUUUUAUUUUGUUGAUCAGGUAUUCAGGGAUUGCUAGGAUUAUUGAUAAAUAUUUUUGACUUGGUGGGGUCAUCCCAGUUUUAGGAGGAGGAUCAAAGCUAAAGCUAGUAUUUGAAUCUUUUGUUUCAUCAAAAAAAUUCAAGAGGAUUUACAAAGUUUGUGGACUUCCAAGAACAAAAACAUGAGCUUUCAGGGCCGAAAUAGAUCAAGAAACCCUUCUCAAAGCACUCGUCAAGAAUGGGUUCCUAGAGGAUCUUCGUCUAUGACCACCACCGUUAUAAGCAGCUCACCAACCGCCUCUAAUUCAACCCCUGAUGUUAACCACACCUCAACUCGAAAUGAUAAUAGGUAUGGACAAAUUGGUCGGUCCACCAACCAUCGAAGAGAUAGGGAAAAGGAAAGGAAUGAGAAUCAUGUGGUGGUGAGGAAGGAGAUUGAUCCAAAUUUGCCACAGCUUGUGCAAGAAAUUCAGGACAAGCUUAUAAAGAGCACCAUUGAGUGUAUGAUUUGUUAUGAUAUGGUACGGAGGUCUGCCCCCAUAUGGUCGUGCUCCAGUUGUUACUCCAUUUUUCACCUCAAUUGUAUUAAGAAGUGGGCGAGGGCACCCACUUCUGUUGAUUUAGUGGCAGAGAAGAAUCAGGGUUUUAAUUGGCGUUGUCCGGGCUGUCAAUCUGUGCAAUUGACAUCCUCUAAGGAGAUACGAUAUGUUUGCUUUUGUGGGAAGAGGACAGACCCGCCUUCAGAUUUGUACUUGACACCACAUUCAUGUGGGGAGCUGUGUGGAAAGCCACUUGAGAAGGAGCAUGGAAUAGGUGCUGGGUUGAUGAAGGAUGAACUUUGUCCUCAUGUUUGUGUUUUGCAGUGUCACCCUGGUCCAUGCCCUCCUUGUAAGGCCUUUGCUCCACCACGGUUGUGUCCUUGUGGGAAGAAAGUUAUUACGACCAGAUGCUCUGAUAGAAAGUCGGUUCUUAGUUGUGGUCAGCGCUGUGAUAAACUUCUUGAGUGUGGGCGUCAUCUGUGUGAGCAGAUUUGCCAUGUGGGACCUUGUGAUCCUUGCCAGGUUCUAAUUAAUGCCCCCUGUUUCUGCAAGAAAAGGGUUGAAGUUGUCAUAUGUGGAGACAUGGUUGUGAAGGGAAAAGUGAAAGCAGAAGAAGGUAUCUUUUCUUGUAAUUCAACGUGUGGAAAGAAGCUUAGAUGUUGUAAUCAUUACUGUGCUGAGAUUUGCCAUCCUGGACCUUGUGGGGAUUGUGAGUUUAUGCCAAGCAAGAUCAAGUCUUGUUACUGUGGGAAAACAAGCUUGCAAGAGCAAAGGCAAAGUUGUUUGGACCCUAUUCCAACUUGUUCAGAGAUAUGUGCCAAGUUCCUUCCUUGUCAAGUGCACCAAUGUGACCAAGUGUGUCAUGCUGGGGAUUGUCCGCCUUGUUCAGUUCUUGUCACCCAAAAAUGCCGAUGUGGAUCAACUUCUAGGAAGGUGGAAUGCUGCAGAACAACACUUGAAAAUGAGAGAUUUACAUGUGACAAGCCUUGUGGGCAUAAGAAGAAUUGCGGUAGACAUCGAUGUAGUGAACGUUGUUGUCCUCUCUCAAACUCAAAUAAUCUUCCCUCUGGCGAUUGGGAUCCACACUUUUGCCAAAUGGCAUGUGGGAAAAAGCUGAGAUGUGGGCAGCAUUACUGUGAAUCUCUUUGUCAUAGUGGCCACUGCCCUCCAUGCUUGGAAACAAUCUUCACUGAUUUGACAUGUGCUUGUGGAAGAACUUCAAUCCCUCCUCCAUUGCCUUGUGGUACGCCACCUCCUUCAUGUCAACUUCCAUGCCCAGUUCCGCAGGCUUGUGGUCAUUCGUCUUCUCACAGCUGCCAUUUUGGAGAUUGUCCACCUUGUUCUGUACCUGUGGCAAAGGAGUGCAUUGGAGGACAUGUUGUUCUCAGGAACGUUCCUUGUGGAUCAAAAGAUAUCAGAUGCAACAAGCUCUGCGGCAAGACCAGGCGGUGUGGGUUGCAUGCAUGUGGAAGAACAUGUCACCCAGAGCCAUGUGAUGCCUCUUCUGGAGCUGAACCAGGUUUGAGGACCUCCUGUGGGCAGACAUGCGGUGCCCCUCGGAGAGACUGCAGGCACACUUGUACUGCACCUUGUCAUCCCUCUGCACCAUGUCCUGAUGUUAGGUGUGAUUUUCGAGUCACAAUCACGUGUUCUUGUGGCCGGAUAACUGCUACUGUUCCUUGUGAUGCUGGGGGCUGCACAGGUGGGUUCAAUGCUGAUACAGUUUUUGAAGCUUCUAUUAUCCAAAAAUUGCCAGUGCCCCUUCAACCAGUGGAAUCAACUGGCAAGAAGAUUCCUCUUGGCCAAAGGAAGCUUAUGUGUGAUGAUGAAUGUGCCAAGUUGGAGCGCAAACGGGUUCUUGCAGAUGCGUUUGACAUUACUCCACCCAACUUGGAUGGUCUUCAUUUUGGUGAGAAUUCAGUUACGUCUGAGUUACUUUCCGACCUAUAUAGGCGUGAUCCAAAGUGGGUUCUAGCUAUAGAGGAGAGAUGCAAGUUUUUGGUACUUGGCAAGAACAGAGGAACAACAACUGGUCUGAAAGUUCAUGUGUUCUGCCCAAUGCUGAAGGAUAAGAGAGAUGCAGUCAGGAUAAUAGCUGAAAGAUGGAAGCUUGCUAUUAGUGCUGCUGGUUGGGAGCCCAAGCGUUUUAUCGUGGUUCAUGUUACUCCCAAAUCCAAACCACCACCUCGUAUCAUUGGGUUUAAGGGGUCAACUGGUAUUGGGGCACUAAACCCUCUCAUUUUUGAUCCUCUGGUAGACAUGGAUCCAAGGCUUGUUGUUUCUUUCCUAGAUUUGCCCCGAGAAGCAGAUAUAAGUGCAUUGGUGUUGAGGUUUGGUGGGGAGUGUGAACUUGUUUGGUUGAAUGACAAGAAUGCAUUGGCUGUAUUUAGUGAUCCUGCACGAGCUGCAACGGCAAUGAGGAGAUUGGAUCAUGGAUCAGUUUAUGUUGGGGCUGUUACUUUUGUUCAGAGUGGUGGAGCAUCAGGUGCAUCACCUGCUAGUAAUGCAUGGGGAGGAACAGGACCAAGUCCUGCUUUAAAGUCGAAUCCAUGGAAGAAGGCUGUAGUGCCGGAGCUUGGUUGGAGGGAAGAUUCAUGGGGUGGUGAAGAGUCUUUUGGUGGCAGUUCAGACCCAGGUUCUGUAUGGAAAGGCAAGGAAGCUCCAAUUGCUGCUUCAAUUAACCGCUGGAGUGUUCUUCAUUCUGAAACAGGUGUAGGCUCAUCUUCUGGAGCAGUUCAAACUGAAGAUCUUUCAAAGCAGGCUGGGGUGCUACCAAAUGCAGGAAUAGAUUCAAAUGCUGCCAAUUCAAAUUCAGCUGGGGUGUCUGGUGGGGAUUUUAAUGAAACAGAGCCAUUGGAGGUUGUAGAUGAUUGGGAAAAGGCUUAUGAAUGAAAGAGAAAACAGAGAAAUAUUCCUAUAACCUUUUGGUCAGGGAGAUUGGGCUGCCCAAUUUCAUUUACAAAUGGUUCGAAAAAUUGUGGUUUCGUUUUGCUUGUCUAGUUUGCACCCAAUAUUCAUGGGGUUUUAGUAUGAUCUUUCAUAUUAUUAUUUUUUUUUCUCGCCACGGCCGUGCCUUUUUGGCUGUAAAGGUGAAUUUUUGUUGCAUUGGAUAAGUAGCUAAAUAUACAACCUGCUUGCUACAAGCUGCUGUUAUGCCAAUUUUUUUUUUUUAAUUUCAUAAAAUAGUAGUUGCCACCUACAAAAGACAGUUUUUAGGCAUAUUUA